AUGAUUUUCUUCAAGUUGAUGUUGCUGGGAUCACUUGCUGGGGCUGUUUCAAGCAGGGAUCCUAGAUCAGUGUGCCUCAAGAGCGAUACAUCGCAGACGCAUACUGCAUGCAGUGCCCUCCUGCAUGCAUUUCCUCGCCAAGUGUUCUUCCCUGGUACCGAGAACUAUACCGUUGAAUCGACAGCUUUCUGGGACCAGGCCGCCUGGCUGCAACCCGGUUGCAUCUUCCAACCCUUCACGGCGCACAAUCUUGCCCAAGGCGUCUCAGAGCUUGUGAAGCGCAAUGUGACAUUCACGGCCCGCAGCGGUGGCCACAUGCCGGUAACUGGGCAUGCUUCAUUGGACAACGGCGUUAUGGUAGCCACGACGCACCUGAACGAGAAGACGCUUGUCCGCACCCCCAAUCCGUACGGCGCUGACUACCUCCGUGCUGGGCCAGCGUUUCGUUGGGAAGAAGUGUACUCAUUCCUCGAACAGUACGGGUUCACUACUGCUGGAGGCCGCGUAUCUAGCGUUGGUAGUUCCCUGCUCCUUGGUGGCGGUUUGAGUUAUUUCUCGAGUGUCCAUGGAUGGGCAGCUAACAACGUGGUCAACUACGAAGUCGCUCUGGCCAACGGAUCCCUGAUCAACGUGAACGCCAAAUCAGCUCCUGACUUGUUCUGGGCGUUGAAAGGUGGAUCCAGUAACUUUGGCAUUAUCACGCGAUACGAUCUCAGGGCGAUUCCUCUCGGCAAGGUUUUUGGUGGCACCGUCACCUGGGCCAGCAACGAUACGCAAAGAUACCUCGAUGCGCAGACGGCUUUCAUUCUACCUGGCGGAGGCGCCGAGGAUGAUAGGGCAGCUAUAAUGCCAAACUUUGGAUACAGUCCCUUGACCGGUCAAAACAACUCAGGGACUGUCUUCGUCUUCAACGGCUCGGACCCAAACCCUGAAGCGCUGCGAAACCUGACAUCGAUACCAAUUACGUCUGGAAGUUUUUCGGUGCAGAACUUUUCUAGUGUGGUAGCCACGACUUCUGGCUACGCAGCGCGCGAUCGUCGCUGGUCAUUCUACGUAACCGCUGUCAAGUCAGCUCCGCCGACUAUGAAUAUGCUUUACCAUCACAUGCGCAUGCAGGCAGAUAUUAUCCUGAGCGGCGUCAAUGCUACAGUUGGUGCUGCUGUGCAGCCAAUAACGGUCAAUCACUUGAAGGCCGCGCAGAAAAACGGUGGAGAUGCUAUCGACCUGGAUCCUGCGCAGGGUCCGUUCGUCAUUGCGCUUUACUACGCAAACUGGUACGACUCAACCCUGGACCCACUGAUUAAGAAAUGGGAGCUAGCCACAAUUGCUGCCGUGGAAAAAGACGCGAAAGCUCGUGGACUGUACUAUCCUUGGAAGUUCCUCAACGAUGCCGGUCAAGCACAAGAUCCCAUUGCUACGUACGGGUACGGCAAGAGCCUGCCUCGCUUACGGGCGGUGUCCAAGAGAUACGAUCCGAAGGGUAUCUUCCAAAAGAAUGUGCCCGGAUUCAAGCUCGGAUCCGAGCUUCACUCGGGUUGCUGA